CUUUAUCCGCCAUACACUAUCGACGCAUAAUAUGAUGCUAACCGCCUACGGGCUGCAGGAGAGUACAUCAGAAAAUGAUCAACUAGACGCUCCACAACGUGACGUGGAUCAAUCGUCAAAAGUCACCGCUUGUUACUGUAUCCGCACCUUGAUCCGCAUCUUGAUCCGCAUCCUUGCUAUACCCAACGUUUGGAUCACCAUCAUCGACCCUACAGCAAGGCUGUAUGAAGAAUAUGUGUAACUUGCUCUACCCUAGGAGAUGGGCGCGGUUAUAGCCUACGCGGUAGAUCAGUUAUACGCAAUCAUGUUUCUCCUUAUCCGGUUCGUGCCUUUUCUCAUUCAGCAUCUUCCCCUCUAGCUGGAAACAACAUCUGGACGCAUUUAUAUCCGUGACCUCGCGUACUAUAAAAGUUUUCACCCUCCCAGCACCCUUGAUGGCCCUUUAUCUAUGCGGCUUCAAUUCUUUCCGUUGCGACAGUCUUCAGUCCAACCAGGCCUCCAUACCCACCAUUACUCUGACACUGGAGUAUUUGAUAAUCUCGGCACGAUAUACUUUACAAUGCUGUCACAAUAUUUCGACCCUUUCAUCUUGACCCAAGAAUAUGUUGCCUCUGCUGAGGAUGCUUGUCCGACUCUUGUCAGCGAGGAUCCUCCUGCCAUCUUGAGCAUACCUCCUACCCCGGACAUCUCUAAUGCAACACUCACAUCUGGUCUCCGGGACAUGGACAAGUCCCUGUCCUCCUUAUACGAACCUCAAGAUCCCAACAAGCUGCCGGAUUCUGCUGUCUUCACUUCUACCAUGGACCCUCAAUAUCUGAUUUUGGAUUCUCCGCCUCGUAAAUACCCUACCGAAAGCUGGAAGUUGAGCCCAGAUGAGGAGCUUCGUAAAGCCUACGGCCGCAUCAGAGGCAGCCUGUGGAGCAACAAGCCAAUCGAUUCUGAUGAGUCGGAGCUCGAACCCCUUGACCCCAGUCAUUACGAACCUAUGACCCCAGAAGAAGCCGCGGCGGCCCCAGCAUGGAAGCAAAACGACAAAGAUGAGUUUGAAAUCGUGCUGGGAGAAUUUCCUAUACCGCGAGCAGUAAAAGCCUGCGGAGGGAAGAGCAAGCCAUGGAAGAGGUUGCCUGUCACCGACGAUGACAUCAAAAAGCAAAACAAAUGGCUGGAAAAGAAGAGGAAGCUGAAAUAUCGGCAAGAGGAGAAGAGCAAAAUGGGAAAGGCAAUGGAGAGGAGCAAAGGAAAGUUAAAAACGGCUGAAUCAAACAACCAAAAGGUCGUGGUGUUUGAGAGACCGCUGCAUACCGGGGCAUACCAGGACGAGAUAAGAGUUGUGCGUCUGCAAUGGAAGCCCAAGCCUCAUCCCAGCUCGUUACGACUGAAGAUGGAAGAGGAGAAAAAGAGAGCACAUCAUGCUGAGGGGCGACAAGAGCGAGAUGACAGUGGCUUGUCCAUGAAUUGUUGCGAUUUAACUCUUACAUAAAUAGUGUAUCUACUGGAGUGCGUCAAGCUCUAUGUAACA